UAAACAGAUAUGGAAUGGGCAAUCGGUCUAAAUCGCAGCAUGUUAGGAAUUGUUGGUCUGUGGCCGCGGGAUAGCAAAAAUUCACGUAAAGCGUUAUUAUCAAAAGUUCGAUUGCUAUUUAAUGUCAUCACAUUAGUCUUCAUACUUACAAUACCAGCUUUAAUGUCACUGAUAAGGGUGUGGGGUGAUAUGAUUCUGGUGAUAGAUAAUUUGCAAUACACUCUACCUUUGUUGAUUACGGUAUUGAAAAUCUCCAUCAUAUUGUGUAACAAAAAGGCUCUAACGUCGCUAAUCGACAUGAUCAUAAAAGACUGGAUAAAAGCGAAGAUGAAAGAGGAACGAAGAAUCAUGUUGAAACGAGCCAAAAACACUCGCGUGCUCACCUUAUGCGGAGCAAUGAUGAUACUCUUCACGUUGCUGAUCACGAUUCCCACUUUAUUGUUCGGAUUCACGCUCAGGCAUAUAACAAAUCUCACCGAUCCUGGCAAACCCUUGAUUAUCCAAGCGUACUACUUGCACGAUGUAUCCAAGAGUCCGCAUUUCGAGCUGACGUUUCUGAUACAAGCGAUCUCGCUGACCUUAUCCGGUCUCUCUUACACGGGAAUUGACAAUUUUCUUGGACUACUGACCUUACACAUAUGUGGCCAGAUAGAGAAUCUGCAUCUGCGACUAAUGAAUCUGAGAAAUAAUCCGAAUUUCAAGGCAGCUUUAAAGUUCAACGUCAAAGAUCACAUUCGAUUGAUCAGAUCUACCCAAGUCCUCGAUGACAUAUUCAAUUUAAUGCUGCUUGGCCUAUUCUUUUUCUUUGGCAUAUUAUUCUGUCUUCAAGGAUUUUUAAUCAUUAAUGUGGUUAAUAAAGAAGGUCAGUUAUCAUUUCUGCAAUUAACUUCAUAUAUCUUAGCAACUGUAUGUGUCUUAAUGCAUACGUGUCUUUACUGUGCGGUCGGUGAAUUUCUCGUGAGUCAAUCUGAAAAGAUACAUCACGUCAUGUAUGAAUAUGUGUGGUAUAAUUUGGAGCCAAAAACAGCGAGAAAUUUAAUAUUAAUCAUGCUCCGUGAAAAACCGCUCUACAUUACAGCGGGAAAAAUCUUUCCAAUGACGAUGGCGACAUUUUGCAACUUACUUAAAACAUCAGCAGGCUAUAUAUCCGUGUUACUUGCCAAUCGAGAAUGACGAUAAUAAAAUUAGAGCUCAAGUUAAUAC